AUGCAAUACGCCUUAGCCAAUCUUUUUGAAGUGUCACAAAAAUGUAUGCAUGAAAGUCACCAUCAGGUAAGUUGUGAAAGAAAAUGUAUCUAUCCCAUAUGUUUGAACUCUCAUCAAUCAAUACCAUGUUGUGUUUCUUUUAUUUAUUUAUUUUUUAGUUUUGCAAACCCAUCAUCAAGCAUUUUAAGUGAUGGGGAUGUGCCUGGGGGAAUAGUGUGAGUGUGAAAAGGUUACUGGUGGGGGGUCAGUUAUACAAUCUCUGUGCCUUUUUCGUUAUGGGCCACCUGCUUUUCUCUGCUUCUUUCAGUCAGGUUAAGAGUUGACACGGAAGGAGCACACAUUAUAUGAUCUGCUUGUGUGAAUGAUUGUCUUUAUUUUAUCAGCCUCUGGAGUGUGAGCAAUAUUCAAAUAUGACUUCUCAUGCAAAAAAGGUUGAAUAAUCUAUGCUAAUAUAAUUACUAGUGAAUAUAUAGAGUAAUAUCCGGUCUAGCCGCUAAGUGCUGGAUCUGCCUUGGCAAUUUCUAUCACUUUCAUUGAGCUCUGUUAAAUUCACUUUGGUUGAUAAUUUUAUUUUCUUAUGACUGAAUUGAAACCACAUUGAGCCAGAAAGAUUUCAGCUAUCUUCAAAGAGAUCUCCUUGCAAUGGUGAGAAACAACCAAAUGUUUCUGCUAUAAAGGCGUAGAGACAAUACUAGGUUAGAGUUUCGGGAUGUGAUUCUGGGUUGGGGAAUUGUUAUAGAGCAAGGGUGUUUGUGUUAGGGUGUAGUUUUUCAGGUUUACAUGGCCUGUUUUCCUUGUCUUUAUUAAGGUUAGAGCAUUAAAUAAAGGGAGUCCGUUGCCAUGCGGCUGUAAUUUGAGGGUUUGUGAUUUCUAAAAUUUGUAGAGCAGUUCAGCUGAUUUUUUUUGCAUUUUCGGAGUGGUCUACCCAAGACUAAUGGGAGUUGCACUCCCAAGCCGCAGCUGCCACCAUUUUAACUGGGCUCAAAGAGCGGUGAGGAGCACAACCAUUUUAUAACCGUAGAUCAGGUACCUUCUUUAUUCAGGUAAAAUGGGGGGGGGGGAAUUAUAUAUUGUUCAACGAGGCAUGCCAUCUAACACAACAUUCUACAGACAACAGUGUACUAAAGAAGGAUAUUAUGGCACUAGAAAGUGCAAAGGCGGGUUACAAAAUUUAAUAAAAGGAGUAAAAUGUUCUAGCUAUGAAGAAAGGUUAACAAAUUUAAACCUCUUUAGUUUAGAAAAACGUCACCUCAGAAGGGAUAUGAUAACAUUAUACAAAUAUUUCCAGGGCCAAUACAAAUCAUUGUGUGGAAAUCUAUUCAAAAGCAGAACUACACAAAAGACACGAGGUCAUGCGUUUAGACUGGAAGAAAUUAGAUUUAGUUUAAGGCUGAGGAAAUGUUUUUUUUUUUGUUUUUGUUUUUUUUUUCACCAUAAGAACAAUGUAACUAUGUACUGUGAGAUUCCAGUUGCCAUAGUCUGUUUUUUAGCCUACGGACUGCUUUACCAUUGUGUCCAACUUAAAUCAUGGUCUAUAACUGUUUUGAGAAUGUAGGCUCUAUUCUGGCUACAACCUACUGAAUCUUGGUUGAUGUCCUGACUCUGUUUCCCAUUUUAGCAGGAUUUGCUUCAAAGUAGUGUUAUUCUGGUUCCUUUUUAUUAUACCCAUCAUCUUGUUUUCAUAAACAUUGUAUAGAUGGCUUAUAGCUUUAAAGGUAUUGCAAUGGACACCAAGUAAUUUGUGGUGGUGUUAGUAGGAGCUAUGCCGUGUCUUUGAUUGUUUCAGUGGGACGCACUAUCUGAUGCCCGUGAAUAAUUGUAUUUCAGCUAGAGCCUUAUUUCUUGUACUGGCUGCAGAUCAAGUGAUGGGGAAAAUAUCUUGCUGAAUAAUUGAUGUCUCUGACUUGCUUUCUAUUGAUUUUUCUUUUUUUAAGGCAUUUGUGGCCACUGGAACCAACUUGUCCCUGCAGUUUUUCCCAGCAAGCUGGCAGGGGGAACCUCGUCAAGCACCCACCCGUGAAUAUGUGGACUUUGAAAGAGAACCUGGGAAGGUAUGGACAGAGCCAUGUUAAUCUCAUUGUAUGAAAAGUGGCUGUGUAAUAAUUGAAUAAACUGUUUUUAUUAAUAUAGAAAAUAAGCCUACAUGUAUUAGUCUGUACUGCCUAGAUUUGAUAAAUAUCUUUAUGUAGUACAUCUCUUAGCUUACUCUGGCUUUACGUGGGUAGCCAUCUUUAAGUACUCUUUGGUUGGAAACACCACUUGUCCAUGACUUACUUUUUGAUAAUUUAUCAUUAAAACCAGUUCAUAGGUCAUUUUCGACAUGUCCAGAGAAAAUGUGAAACGUGCGCGAACUCAUGAUUAAUUGCAUGGAUUUAUUAUAAUGGCCUGUAUGUGUAUUAUUAUAAAAUAAUACACACAGGCUAGCUUUUGUAUGAUCCUUUAUGUUAUAGAACAAUAAAAAGCAAUUAUGACAGUUUUCUAGUAAGCAGAAUGUUUUAGGAAACGCCAUUUAAAUUUGGGCAAGUAAAAUAAGCACCAAAUGAACAAACAGGCAGGUUAAAAUGUAUGUGCCUCCUAUCACUGGAUAUCACUACAGUUGUAUAUACACUGAAAAGCAUUAACCUUCAAACCGCCUAUCUCUGAACAUGUCCUUUGGUAUCUGGCACCAAGACAUUAGCAGCAGAUCCUUUAAAUCCUUUAAAAGUUGCAAAGUUGGGCCCUCCAUGGAUUGGAUUUGUUUUACCAGCACAUCCCACAGGUGCUCCGGUUUGGAAAAUUUGCAGGCCAAGGCAACACGCUGAACUCAGUCACGUUCCUCAAACGAUUCCUGAACAACUUUUGCCGUGUUUUUUUCUUGUUGAAAGAGGCUAUUGACCAGACCAGCUAACCACUCCCGGGAUUAGCCCCCCAUAUUGAGAAUUUUAGCAAACUAUUAUUCCAUUUGUUAGAUCAAAUAUUUUUUUUGUUGGAUCUACUCUAAAAUAUGCAAUAUUAACAAUCAUUAUCAGGGAGGGCUAACCCGUAGCAAGCCCCCCCUCAACAAAAAUUUAAAAUGAUUUUUAUUGAUUUUGGUGGAUAUUCUUGAAAUCAGGUGAGAUCAACCGUUUUUUUUCGUUGGAUCUAUCACGCAAUUGUAGCAGACCACGGGUAACCUGACCUGUUACCUCUGCUAAUCCCCUUCAUGCCCACAAAGUCGGCCAGUGAAUACUGCCUCUUGUGUGAUAGAUCUAACGGGGAAAAAAAAACAGUUGAUUUUACAUGAUCUAACGAAUAUCUACCAAAAUCAAUAAAACAUUUUGUCCAAAUUUUAGUUGGGGACGACGACGACGGGGGAACAACCGGUAGUCACGCUCACAAAGUCAUUCAGUGAAUACCGCCUCUUGCGUGAUGGAUCUAACAAAAAACUGUUCAUCAAACCUGAUCUAAUGAAUAUCUACCAAAGUCAGUAACAUUUUGUCCAAAAAUUAUAUAUGCAAUAUCUCAGUAAUUUGAUCUAACAAAAAUGUUACCUGAUCUAAUGCAGAUUUUGUUUUGUAAUGCUCCGCAUUCUUGACAGUGCGUCUGAUUGGUAUUUGUUGCCAUUCUGUUGUUUGUUUCAGUCCAAUCUUACCAAUCAAACCUUAUUUUAGUGUGUAGCAUGGAGUGUCCAUGUUUGUGCAGAGCCAUUAUUAUUUGAAUGUGUAUUUGCAAACCUUUUCUUUCCCCUAUCACUUUACCCUUUCUUCACAUGGCAAGUGACUUUGUUAGGGCCAGUAACAAUUCUCUCCCUGUUUCUUCUUCCCCUUCCUUUAUCAUUCCCUCUGCCUUUGUGAAACUCACUUUCCCUCUCUCUGGCUGAAGUCAGCAAUUUGUAAGCAGUUUCAAAUAUAUUAUGGUACUUGUGUAUGAGUGGUUCCCAUCCAUUUUUAAGAGGCUUCAAGCAAUUUGAAGGGGAAUCUUUUUCAAAGCUAUUUUUAAUGGAUCCAUUCGCAGACCAUAACUGAUGUAGCUUCCAUGUCAUGCUUGAAAUUUGUCAAAAGCUAAAUGUACUCAUCUCUGUCAAAGGGACACUCCACUGUCAAACUACUUAGUAGACAUACCCACAAUGAAAACUGCAAAAAAAGCAUGCAUUUACAUUUUAUUUUUUCAAUUUUUGGGGGGGGGAUAAAUAUCUUAAACCAGCUUGCAAAUCCUGCAAUUCUCUUGUCUGCUGCGUUUGCAAGUCAUCCCCUUCUGAUCCAGCCAAGACUUUUUGUGGCUGUCCUAUCACAGACUUUACAGUGCAGCUCAAUGAGAAGUCUUUGCAAGGCUGGUGCCCUGGGCAAUUGCUGCCUCUUAAAUUUGCUGCACUUGACUCAGGCAUUCGUUUUUUAGGAUGAAUUUCAACUAUAAUUCCAUUAGUUUGAAAGCGGAAUCAACGAAUAGACAUUACAACAAAUGAAACGAAGGCUGGAUUGCUUGUUGGCAGAAAUUGCGAUCUGCAAUUCGUUCUUUCGUUUUACAAGGAGGGAGCUACUGACUUGCGGCUCUCUACUUGUAAUAUUUAAAAACAGAAGUGGCAAAGAGCUGCUCUCCCAACCACUUCUGAAAUCCCCCCUCACUUUAUGGGGGUCAAUAUGAUCCCCCAUAUUAGUAUAAGAGAGGUGAAAUCUUCCCUCCUGCCCCUACGUGCUGUGCUGCAAGUGUAAGCAUGUUUAGUAAAGAGUGAGCAGCCACUGAUGAAAAUCCGUUCGGAUUAAACGAAAAUUUGGUCUGCACCCAGUUGUAAGCUCCACUGAGCUAACCAAACCAGGAAGUAAUCGGAUGGGUGCCUGCUUGAAAGUUGGGGUGUGUAACCAGUUUUAUUUCUAAAAGUAUCAAUUUCUAUUGAAAUCAAAAUUAAAAAAAUAGGACACAUUCUUCACACAAAGCUUUUCAGCAAGCUAAAGUGCUUUUAUGUCCCUUUAAACUCUCCAGGGUUGUGUUAUGUGUUUUGGACAAUUUUUAGAGCUUUAUUCCUGAAAGGUGCUUUAUUUGAUUAAACCAUUUUGAACCAUUUUUAAAUACAUAUGUGAUUGUUUUCUAAAUAAAUUACAUUUCAAAAACCAGGUUCUAAAACAUUGUGAACGUAGACAAUGUAUUGGAAACAAAUAUACCUUGAGGUUUUUGAAACCCAUGAAAAUAAAGCAGGAACAGAAACAAACAAAAUAAAUGACACACAUCUCACUUGGGUUGAAAAGGUUAUUCCAAGCACCAUGAGCACUUCAAUGACUUGGAAGUGGUCCUGGAGUCUGUGUCAUUGGGGUGUCCUCAGGCUAAUGUAAAUUCUGUACAGCUUUCAUUGCACAGAAUGUCCAUAGCUGAGAGUGGUCCUAUGACACUCUCAGCCAAUGAAUGACAGCUGUGACUCUGCAGAAGCUGAAAGUGCGUCACUGGACCACCACAAGGCAUCGGAGGCCCCCUGGGAACUAUGGUGGCAGACUGUAGUUAAAUGGCUUGCAGGCUGUAGUGGUUAUGAUUCUUGGAGUAAACCCUUGUAUGUCCUUUUGUGUAUGAUGGGGAGUUAAUCUUACAGCCAAUAAACACCCCAAAAAAUGAUCAGAAUUCAAUUUGGCAAGCAGCUUAUUUUGUUUGUUUAUUUAUUUUUAUUUUUUUAUUAGUCCUUCCACUAGGAAUGGUGACAAGCAAUGAUCACGAUUCGGCUAAACUUAGAUUUUGUAGUGCACUUGACAGCAGGGACUGGAUUUUAGUGUACCCCAAGUGAAAAUACAUCACAGCCUUUUCUGACAUGGUUUAGAAUGGAAGAGAGUUCUGAAGCAUUGUUCUUCAAACUCUACACUAAUUAAAACUAUAAUAUUGCAUUCUAACACUUUAUCUAAAUGGCAAAAAUCUCCAUUCAUGUUUCUUUAUUUGUAACAUGUUCUUUAUUAACUAUCAGUGUCUUAUUAAGGGCUGUUGGUUUUGUUAUUUUUGUUUUUUGUUAUUUGUUAUAUGUGGGCGACAAAGGUCAGGCCCUCACAGACUGUUACUGUACACAGUCACUUUAGUUCUUAGUCACCACUGUGUGGCAUUCACAGAUAAUGGCUGAUCUCAUUUCAGAUUGAUGUUAACCAGUCCCUUACUGUUAGACUUGUCACAUAAAAUUUACAGCUAUUUCCUGUUGUGGCUAAUAUCUUUUUUUCUGAAAUGAAAUGUUAGGUUUUGUAUUUUUUUUUUUUUUGUGUCCUCUUCUUAUCUGUUCAAUUUGGUUACUCUUUCAUGUCCUGUAUUUUGUGUGUGUGUGUGUGUGUGUGUGUGUGCGUAUGACAUCUAUUUGUAUGUAACUAAGUUGCUCUUUCCUACCAAUUGCUGCUACCCUUUGGGGGAGCUGAUUCUGGAAACCACGGAAGGAGGAAGGACGUUUUAGGCAAGAGAGGAAUUUGUUUUACCUGCUUUUUACCACACACCACUGAUCUCUGCUAGUCUAAGAUAGAAUCGUUGUUAGGUUCUCAACCAAAUAUCUGUAAAAACGGUUAAACUGAUGGGGAAAUGAAAAUGCACCACGCAAGCUAUUGAUAGUUCUAUUGUCUAGGUGUGUCUUAAAACGAAUAUAGAAAAUCCAGGGUCAACUCCUGUGCGUUGGUUGCGUUAGACACAUUUUUGCAAAAUGGCACAUGAUGAAACUAUAAUGCUAAUUUCUGCUUUUGGUGCCUUGCCACCUCACAUGGUGUAAAGAUAAAUGUCUAUGGCAUCUCGUUGUGCAUGCGCAGGCUGAUGUGUGAAGGAAGCUACAAUGUUGAAUGGUCUGCCGUAGACCCUUGCUCUAUACUCUACUUCAUGCACAGUAGUACACAGAUACAGUAGUUCCUGAAAACUUAAAAUGCUGGGAUCUGAAGGUAGGAAACGGUCAGUGCUGACAUAGAGCUUCAGAUAAGCAUUAAUGCCUCCUCUCCCAAUCCAGAGCGAUAUGAAUGCAGAGACCCCAUAAGUGACAGUGCUGCGUUAAUCUAGUGUGAGACCCUGCGACAUUUUAUGUGAUGUUUGACCACUUGUGACUUCUGUCAGCAGAGCCUAAGAGAGAUUUGUGUGCAGACCCAGUGAGGGUUGUGGUAUAUACGUGGUUAAUGAUUGAAGUGUGUCUCUGGGAGAUACUUUAAAAAAAAAAAAUUAAAAAAAAGAGAAAAAUCUCAACAUAUCCUUCCUGGUAAAUGUUUUACUUACACGUCUCUCCCAGGCUGCCAUCCAAGUACUGAAAUUCUAGCCAAUAUUUGCCUCUGAUUCGGCUCUCACUAAAUUCCUCCCUUAUCCUACAGACCUUGGCAGGAAGCCCAUGUGAAAUUGCUGUUCUAUAGAGUGUGCCAGUGCUGUGAGUGUGAAGCUAUGAGCCUAAAAGGCAAAUUUAACCCCUCGUUGGAUCAGGGUAAAUCCCAACCCCAUAGACCGAACGGCAUCUAAUUACAUAUUCCAGAUUUGACUUCAAUUCUUAAGUCUUCAGUCUCUUUCCAAGAACCUCAAGUCACUAUUAGUAGCAAUUGCAUGUUUGGUGGUCACAAAUAGCAUUCGUACAUUAAGAAAACCAGUGGUAAUGCUGUGCCUCUAUAGUUUAAUACGUCAUUCACAGAUCAUGUUCAACUUCUACUUCUCAUUGACACAUGUUGUACCAAUGGAUGUAACGUUUAGAAGAUGUAUCCUCCGCUCCUAAUAUGCAAGUGCUUGCUAAGCAUUCUGGAAUACUUUCACCCCUAUUGAUGUUGCCGUCACUGCUACACUAAAUACCUUUUAAACUUUGCGUUGCGUAAUGCAUGCAUAUAUAUAUUGUAAUGCUUGUUAAAUCGACACCAAGGUGUGCUUGCCAUUUUCAUGGUAUAAUCAUAAAUCAAAUAUCAGUGAUCUCUCUGAAUCCUAGCCGCGCCUCCCCAUCCCCCCCAAAAUCUGAUCCUGCUUACUAAGGAAAUUUUAUAUUUCAGACAAGACCAAACAAAUUGUGAUGGAGACCUUGCUGUGUGGCAUCAAUACUUUAACAUUAAGUAACGCUUGUUCCCCCAGUGAUUUUAUCUGUGGUAUAAUCAGUUUGCUAAGAAACAAAUUGUUCAUGACAUCUAAUGUCCACCUAACCUCCUCUAUUUUGGCUUUUCAUCAUAGCCCACCCCUACUGGGUUGUAAUAUUAGGGUAAGGUGAUCCCAUUCACCUCGUCUGUCAGCUGACCUCUUAUUAGUUAUACAGUUAGUUGCAACACAAAACUGAUCACCACCUGAUCUUGCAGAAUGUGCAAUGAAUACAUUUUGGGGUUUAUUCACAUAGUAAUGUGACUGGAUGAGCACAGAUUUAGGUUCCACUUGCAACUUAGCUUUGCAAAUUGCUUGUUUUUUCCUUCCAGCAGUAAAAAUUUACUUGUAGUAAUUUACGCUCAGUAACCUGAUCAUGUAGUUUUUUUUUUUGUUUGUUUUUUUUUAAUAACAUCUGCAUAGAAGAUUUAUGCUGAUUAUAUAUUUUUUUUGUUAUUUUUGGCAGCAAUGCAGCACCUGCUUCAAACCACUUCUGAUUUAACCUUCUCAAUUUUCAAGAUGGUAUAAACACUCUGGGUGCCAGUGUUUAUCCUGUCCUUACCUUCUGGUCCUCAAACUGCAACGAAGCUGUUUUUUCUUUUUUGUUUUUUUUUUUUCCCCUUUCUUUCUUUUACAGAAAACUGGGGCCAGCACUCUCUCUUUAGUACUAUAACCACCUCAAGAAAUGUAGUUGUUAUGGUACUUAAAGUGGCCCAUUAAAACCGACAAACUUGCACAAAAGCAACAGUUUGCCAGUUAGUAUUGCAAGAAUAUAAAGUGGUGCUUUACAAACACCAGGGGCGUGGAAACCUUGGUCCAUAAAAUGUUUGUCAUAUUGUAAGGUGUGUUUGUUGUGUUUUUCUGUGUUGAUAUGUCUUCAUUUUUUUUUUUUUUUUGCACUUUUAAAAGACUGCUGGCAUUAGUGCACGUGUUCUCCUGUCUUAUGACUCAUUACGUGUUCAGUUUCACUACUGUUGUCCUCCUGCCUGUUUCAUUUCUAAUCUUGUACCGUUUUAAAAUAGCGAUGUAUAGAACAAAUCAUUUCUCUAUAGCCCUUGCAAGCCGGCGUAUAGAUCAAAGUAUAUUAUUAUAGCUUACUGUGUCCAUGUAAAUACCAAAUAAUUUGAGUUAAUAAAGUAAUGCUAACUACAUUUUAAUCGGUAUAAUUGCGCUACCAGCAUCAUGCAGCUUGAUGUUCUGAUACCUUGAUAAAUCAUCCGUAUAAUGCAUAGAACAAUCCAUUAUUUCGAUGCAAACAAAUUUGGUUUCAGUAGUGCAACUUUUGAAUAUAUUCUUGUAAUCAAUGUAGCAAAGGAAACUACUGCACCCAGUGGAGACUUUACAUCAAACGUAUAAUAUGGAAAACGACAAUGCUCUAUUAUUGCGAUACUUUUAAAGGAAUUGCUGAUUGUGCAGUUGUUUUGAAAUCUGCAUUUCUCUACAAUGCAUUGUUCAUAAUUGCAAUGCCUUGCUUGCAUUCUAAAAGGUACUGGUGCUCCAUCUACGGUUAAAACUGUAACAAAGUUCUAAUGCCAUGCCUCAAACCAAUGCAAAUAAUAAAUGAGGAUUUUAGUACCAAUACGUGUCUGUAGAGUGUAAGAUUACCUACCAAGUUUUUGUGAUUAGUUCUUUUGCCACUAAUUUGGAAAUUAUACAAAUCCUAUGUUAUCCUCUGUUGCAGGAAUUGGUAGCUUUUUUGUCUGUUGAUGGACUGCAACUCACACAAUCUUCAUCCAGGCUUUAUAACUCUAUGGUGCACUGGGGUUGCACUUCCCUUUACCUAUAGGGCCUUAUGGGCCCACCGUAUGUCUAGCUCACAGAUCUGUUUCAAUAUGGCCAUGCCUUGGUUCCACACUUCCAUGGCACAGGAAGUUUUAUGCUGCUUAGAUGUGCUGGAUCAAACACAAUGGUCCCCUUGUGCAAAAAUCUGCUUGGAUAGCAGUUUAUUACUUAGCAAUGUGUUAACGGCGUUCCUGCAGGAUUGGCUAGUAAUUGCAUAUCUCUGCUUUGGGCUGCUAGUACAUUUUGGUGUGUCCUGUGUUAAUGUGGAUCUGUGUGCCUGGCCUUGUUCUGUUUUUCUGCAGAGUAUGCAGGAUCACACGGUAUCGAGACAGGAAGCUGUAUCCUACAAACUGCAGGCGCAGCUGAAACCACAGCCAUGCAAGGCUGAACACACAACAUCCUUUUCCUGUGAAUGCCUGUUAACGAGUGCAUGUACUCACAGAGACAGAUUCUGUGUAUGGCCCUCCCUCUAAUCAAAUGAAUUGUUCCCCCAGUCUGGGCGCACUGCCCCCCUUUCCCCAUUUGCAGUCUGGGCAUGCUGUCACUGUAAGCACAAUGAACUUUUUAAAAUGCCACUCAAACUGGGCACACUGCCUCUUCCCCUUUCAUUCUGCUAUUCUUCAUUCCACGCUCACACAAGCCGUGAGCACGCUUCCUUUUCUGUUGUCUUCCUUUGACUAAUUCCCCACUAUCAACCACUGAGCAACCAUUCGGCCCCUGGCAUUAUCUUGGAAAAACAUUGCUCAGCAGUAAGAUUAGCUAUUUGUCUUCAAUUGUCUUCUAAUGUAUUGCAAAAUUUAUCCAAACACAUUCAUUAGACCUUUCCCAGUGUGGGGGUAAUCUCCACUGAUUCGGGGGAGGAAGGCCCUGUAUAGUAAACAAUAUAUUGUGGGCAGCUGCUCGGAAUCAUUCGAUGUCCUUGUUUGUUAAUGGAGGUCCAUUAAGAGCGUAGAAACCACAUUUUAGGUCCCUUCAAAGAGGAACCAUUUCUUCUAUGGAAAUUACACCAUUUAUAUUAAACAUUGAAAACCACUUAGGAAAUGGUUUUUAGUUUUUUUUUUUUUGUUUUUUUUCACUUCUUUUCUAAUUACAUGUCCUCGUUUUACUUAUAUUACAACUCCCAACUCUUUCACAACCAUUUUCCCAGCAUGAUAAGCGGCUCGACAAAUCACUGCAAACCGUCCUGUUAACAAAACUGUGAACCGCGCUGUGUAUAAAUGAAUAGUGGGGGUGGGGACGGAUGGUUUAUUGGAACCUCAUCUGUUGAUGGAGGAAAUCAGUGUACAGCUAACACUUACCUGUGGAAGUGCCACCGCUUUCAUAAAGAUAGAUGGGUAGAUAUAUAUAAUUAUUUUUAUACUUUCUUUACGAUCAUUUCCUGUAGUUUUUUUGUGUGCUUUUUUUAAUGUGCGUACUGUAUAAACACUACUCUAUGUAAUUGGCCGUGGAUAAAAACAACAUAAAAGAAAUGUUGACGUUUAGUAUAUACGUUUACGCGCACUAGACUUGAUGGCAUGAACAAAUGUCUCAUUUGCUAUUGCACCAAAUACACACAAUGCUUUUAUUUCUCAUGACCUCAUUAGCAUACACCACGUGUUUGGCACCAGUAGGCCACUGUGUGUGAAUGUAGCCCAGUCGUGCAAAUCGUGUCAUGUGUUUACAUUUUUAUAAUGAAUUGUUUGUGUAUUUACACAGUAACCGGUUUCGUUACAGGUUUAUCUAAAGGCGCCGAUGAUCUUGAAUGGAGUUUGUGUCCUAUGGAAAGGUUGGAUUGACCUCCAGAGAUUAGAUGGGAUGGGCUGCCUGGAAUUUGAUGAUGACAGAGCGCAGGUAAUAGUUUUUAAUUACCAAAUCUGAACAAUACAUGUUAUGGAAUAAAAUAAUAAAAAAAAAAGGACCAGGCAAUAACAACGGUCUUUAUACAAGAUUAUUGUAAAAUAUCUCAACGGAGCUCACCAACUCGUUUACCCGAAAAUUAUCAGGUUAUUGUGAAUAAAAAUCACAGAAGAUAAUUCUAAUAGAAUUAGAAAUGUUAUCAUGCUUUUAAAAUGUACUUUCCCUUUAAGCUUAAGCAAAUGACCCUUUAUUUAGGGAAAAACACGGGAGUCAAAGGUUCGGCUGGGACUUUUCCACUAAAAAGUGGACCAUCUGGACACCAUGGGUCAUUAUUAUUAUUUCCAUUGAUAUAGCGCCAACAGAUUCUGUAGCACUUUACAAUAUUAUGAGAGGGGGGAUUUAACUAUAAAUAGGACAAUUAAAAGAAAACUUACAGGAACGAUAGGUUGAAGAGGACCCUGCUCAAAUGAGCUUACAAUCAUUGAUGGUUAAUUGUAGUACUGCAGAACUGAUUGUUGUGGCUUCAUUCCUCAUGAUACUCGAGCAUCCUUUGUAACCCACACAUUACCACCACCACUGUGGACUUGGGUAAUAGGGCUUAAGUGUUAAGGGGAAAAACAGGAGCAUGUUAAUGACUGACUGGUUUCUCGAUAUCAUGAGAAUACAUUAGUACCUUGCCAUUUCCAGAAGUUAAAUUAGUUGUUCUAUGUUUUGGUAAUGUUGAAGACGCCACAUGUAAGGACUUUGUCAGUUUUUCACCAAACUCUGCAUUUUGGCAUAUGAAAUCCGAAUUGCAAAAUUCAGACAGGAAUAGAAAUAGCCAAGCUGUUUCUGUUGGAUCAUUUUUCAGGGUCCAUUUAUUUUGCCUAAAUUUUAUUAUUCAGAUUGAAUGUAUUAAAAUUCAGAGUUUAGUGAGUAACCCAGUCUACAAGCUGGGAAACAGUUUGAUGGAUGUAGACUACGGCGAGAGGUGAGAGUGCAGUUAUUAAAGUGUUACUGGAAACCGUUUUUAAAUAUCCAUACAGGCAUAUGGUUGUGUUUUUUUUGUUUCCAUUUAAAUUCUUUUAGUUUUUCAUUAAAAUCUUUCUUAAAAUGUUUGUAGAUGGUGUAUAAAAGUCACUAAUAUGUACACCACUUGGGCAGCUUAGAUAUCUUAUCCGGUAUGUAGACUUCCUUUUACGUUUUUCUCUGAUGUUCCAGACAAUUUUCCAUUUCUAAAACCACUUGCUCGUCCACCUGAUAUCUUGGUGAAUUAUAUUACAGGAGUUUUAUUUCCCUCCAUAGCCCUAAUUUGCAUUAUGUUUAUGCAUCUGGACCUUGAAUCCUUGGGUUUUGAUCCUGUUAAAAUUGGUGAGGGGUGAGUUUUUGGAGGCUUGGUCCAUUCUAAGGCACAUUAUUAUUAUGGAUUUCCUCAGGGGGGGAGUUUCCCUAAAAGGUGGAAGAGGGAGUAAUGACUGAGAUCUCAUGAUUGCAUAUCUAGGUUAGCCCAAUAAUGUGUCUUGCAUAUCCUUGAGUGUUGGCUCUCUUUGUAUUAUGUAUUGUAGUUGCCAUUUACAGUUCAGUUCCUGUUCCAGUGUGAUAUCAGGGACAGAGCUUGUGUAAUUUUACUUCCUUAUAGGAAGGCUACCAAGUUUGUGGGUAAACCUAAUUCCUUGUUUGUCUGUUUCUCAGGCUGGUAUUGAGACACAAAGCUUUGGCUAGUUUGAUCAUAGAAUUUGCCAGAAUUCUAUAUUUGCAGGUUGUUCUGCCUUCUCUACUUGAGAGGUGAUAACCUCUUAAUAAUUCCAUCAUUAGGUCUUUAAAAUAGGUUUGCCAAGUGGUCCAUCCCUACAUAUUGUACCUGGUGUUUUUUGUUUUUACAAUGUUUUGGAAGGAACCCCUCCACUGUGUAUAAAUUAAUAGCUGGAGUUGGAAGGGGGAAUGAUUGAUUGGAACCUCAUCUGUUGAGGGAGAAGGUCUGUCUACAGCUCUUACCUGUGCAAGUGCAACAUAUUUCAUGAAUAUUUCAUGAAUAUGGAUAUGUAGAUAUAUAAUUUUUUUUUUAUAAUGCUUUAUCUUCACUAUCAUUUCCUGUAGGUUAUUUUUUUGUGUGCUUAAUGUGCGUUAUGUGCAUUUCAUGUUUUCUUCUACUUUUUAUGCAAACUAUUCUCCUUGUUGACUCUUCUAUCCUUACCCUUGUUUGGAACAUCCAUGAGCAUAUUUCCCAGGACUCCGUUUCAGUCUUUCUGGCUUCCUUGUCAGGUGAUGCAAUGUGAACUUGUGCAUGCGUUUGCAUCUCAGGUGGGCAGCUUGAUCACAUCAUACCUGGCUUUGAAGCCUGGCAGAUUUAAAUUCCAUUCAAGAAAGCGUCAUCCUACUCAUAAGUGAGGAGGAAAGUGAAAAAAUAAGAAUGCAAAGAGGCUCAUUUGAAUAGUUUCUUUGAAGAAACCAAAUUAGUGUGUUGGGUGGUGAACAAACAUGUUGCAUCUAAUUGGUUUCUCCCCUCCCCCCUCUUUCCUUGAAGCACGAGGAUGCUCUGGCACAACAAGCCUUUGAAGAAGCUCGCAGAAGAACCCGCGAGUUUGAAGAAAGAGACCGCUCUCACCGGGAGGAAAUGGAGGUGAGAGUUUUACGACCUCGCUGCCCAUAACUGGUCAGUACCCUUGGAAAAAAUAACUAACACCUGUAUGCAUGUGCUGCUAAGUGGGUGUAGAACUGUGCUGCCCAGCUCAUUGUAGGGCAGGCCCCUAUAUCUUUCAAUGCUUAAGUUAGCCUUGGCAACCCACAUAUUUGAGUCCCAUUUCCAGUGAUGCACAGCCAACUUUAAAGAACAAUAAAAAAAUGUUUAAGUAUUUUUCUUUUACUCAUCAUUUUGAUUAAACAAAAUUGAGCUUGUACAAAAACACAGAGGCUGUUUGUGGGUCCCAUCUCUUCCUUUCAGGUCACACGUAUAGAGUCAAUUUGUAGUAUUCUGUGAAAAGCAACACCAUCUAUGUACAGUUUCCUUAUUUAGAGCUUCAGGGCUCAUAUUCUCAGGAGAAUGACAUCACCUUUUUGUUUGAACAAAAUGCUUUUUUUUUUGCCUUACUAAAUCUCCUCCCACUCAUCCCUCUGGUGUCUGUAUCGCAGGCCAAGUUGAACCUGUUUCCCUUUGAUAAUGUCGUAAAGGUUGCUAGCUCAGUGUACAGAACGUUGCUAAUUUAAUAUAUUUCAGCUCCCUCUUGUGACCAUAGUUAUCGAAGCAUGUUAUGUUUGUCAUACUUCUGCAUUAACCUCUCCUCCUUCCACUUCCUUAAGUGAAAUCCCUUUCCCUGCUGUCUGUUGGAAAUAGAAGUUUUGGAAUCCGCACAAUGUAAACAGACUUGUGUCUGUAGAAACCUUGCCUCCGAUAUAUUUUUCUGCUAAUGCGCCCAGCACAUAUUUAGUGGUAGCCCAGCUGUACACAAGACUUGCACAUGUUCUUAAGAUGCUUAGUACGUUUGUCUGAAUAAUGUGCUCUUGCCUUCUAUUUUUGUCUUCUGACUUUUGUAGAGAAAACUUGCCUCUUGUUACCCCCAAUACAAUAUUGACGUCCCUUAAUAAGGUCAUGCCAUUUAUAUAAUGGGAUCUUAUCUCUUGUGGUCUAGUUAUGAGGGAUCUAAGGUCUGCACUGUCAUUUGUACAAACACCAUUUGUAAAUACAUAGCUUCUCUGGGGUCUAAUACCUUGUGCAGGGUCUUAAUAAAGCAUGCAAUACCUUAUUGUCAUAUCUUGGUGACAUCAAAAGUAUUAAUACCCUUUUACAGUGCUGGAUCAAGAGGGAACCUGAACGAUUGCUGUACAGGUUUCUGUUCUGAGAUUGGGCCCCAUGCCAUUAUGCUGGUGGGAGAUUCAUUGAGAGAUAGCCUUGUGUAGUCCAAUAAUGGGUAUUUUCUUUUUCAAUUUUCUGCACCUGGAUUUUCUCCCUGUAAAUGCUGUUACCUUUCUUUUUGUGCCUUGUGCCUUUUCUGCUGUUCUGUUUUUAAUGCACCAACCGCUCUGUUAACUCUAAAUAGUCUUUCUUUUUGGUGUAGGCUCGACGGCAGCAGGACCCAAGCUCCGGUCUGGGCAGUGGCGAUGACCUAAAGCUCCGUUAACUUUUCACCCCAGAGCUCACCAUGCUAGAUCAUCAAGACUAGGAGAGAGGAGCCACCCGUACGUUUCUCAGCCCCAGAGGUCACUCGUGAUCCUCACUCGUUUUAUACUUCUAUUUCUAAGCAUGUUGCCCUAUAUUAACGGUUCACAUUGAUCCCUCUAUGCAAACUCCGCCAAGUGCAGCUAGUUCUUCUGGAAGCUGCUCGAUUUUAGUUAAAUUUUAAGUAUAAAUAGGUCAUAUUCUUUUUGAAGAAUAGUUUCUGUUCUGUGUCAAACUGCUCCUUUUUUGUUGCUGUAAAUUUUAGGAUCCAGUUGUUAGGUGUAGAUAAUAUUUGGAAUACUAUUGUACAACCCACUUCAAAAAAAAAACAAAAAAAAAAACGGUCACUUUAAACUUAAUUAGAAUGCCCCACUGUACAGCACUCCAAAAUUUGUUGGCUCUUUUAAAUAUUUGUGGGUUUUUUUCAUUUGUUUUACUUUUUUUUUUUUACUUUGAUUCCAGUCUACCUAUCAAAAAGAAACCUAUUUCACAUGUUUGCUCAGGCAAUGUAUUUAAAUAAAUAGGUUCUUUUAAACCUACAAAAUACAUAGCCAAUCAAGAAACAGAAGUCUGGAUUCGGGGAAAUGCAAAUGUCCAUGUGUUACUAAAACCUUUUUAGAAUGUUAGCACAAAAAUUAUAUAUAAUAUAUAUAUAUAUAUAUAUAUAUAUAUAUAUAUAAAAUUUUGAGUGAUGGGUACACUUACACUUUAAGAAGUGAAUGUUCUGACCCGGUAGAUCACAACUGUCAAUUUUAAAUUCUGUCGAGAUGCUUUAAUAAUGCUACCAUUUUCCAGGAGAAUGUAUAAUUAUGUGUGUAGAAUCUACAGCAGGGGUGCUCAAAAGGUAAAUCCCCAGAUGUUGUAAAACUACAACUCCCAUGAUGCUUUAUCAUUCUAAAGGCAUGCAAAGCAUCAUGGAAGGUCCUAGUUCUACAACAUCUUGGGGUCUACAUUUUGGGGGCCCCUGAUCUACAUAGUGUACACACUAGGCCUUUCAGAUGUUCUUUGAUGACACUUCCCAGGAUUCUCUCAUCCAAUGUGUUCGGACUUCCAGCUAUACAAUUCUAUUCAUUCUUUGUCACACGUUGGUAAAGGUUUGUCAACAAUGAUACAUAGAGCAAGAUUGAGCAAUCAUGAUGUAAAUGCAUAGCUGAAAUUAGAUCUUUGUUUGAAGUAAAGGCUUGUAUGCCUGAAACUUGACUUAAGGUACUUUGCGAUCCCUUUGCCCUUUUUCUGUUGCCUUCCUGUGUUAAUGUGAGAAGUGAUUUUUAACUUCAGAAUAAAAGUGAGUUUUAUAAAGUAGGUGAAUUAGUGUGAUUUAACUAGCGGGUGCAGCAAUCUCAUGUACUUAUGGGUAAACUUGAACCUUUUUUAUUUAAUUUUAUUAAAGCGUAAGGCUCACCCCUUUAAAUGCUUGCCUUACUUGUACCGAUUCACAGAAUAAUUUCACCCAUUAAUUUAUUGCACUCCCCUGGGGAAAGCAUGUAAAUCAUUUCAGCUUCAAAAUAAAGUGGAGAGAAUGGAGGUGAACUCAGCACAGCACUUCUAGCUAGAUAAUAUAGUCACUGGCUAAUGAUAAUCUCUCCAAAACAUAAUUUUAAAAAUGUUUAAAAUUUCUGAAGGCAGAAUUUAAUGUGCCAAAAAAAGCCAUUGGAUGGGUCCUAAGAGAACUAUUACUAUAUUCCACAUUUAUCUUGGGUUUUAAAUGUAUUUAAAUUAUUUCAUCACUUUGGUUUUAUAUGCUGCAGAUUUGGACAUUUAAAAAAAGAAAUAACCAAAAAAAGCAAAAAUUCUGUUAAAGCACUAUAUAUGUUUUCCGGUACAUAAUGCUUGACACAACUUCUCAAAGUUUUUGUUUUUGAGAAAUAAAAUAGCAUCACUAUGUUUCCAUAAUUCUAAAUGGGUCACCCAGAAACUGAACGGUUAGCUGCUUUAAGUCAUGCAGUCUGUAUGUUUUAAUGGUGAAUAAUGUAUAAUUCAGUUGUGUAUCUAUUUUCUGACUGGUUUUAAUAAAUUUCUGAUACUGGCCAAAAUAAACAGAUAUAUCAAUGA